UGGAAAGGCACUGGAGCCGAGGCCCACCGGGUCCACUGAAGGCCGGAGAGGAGACUCUGGGUGGGGGCUGAAUCACAGCCUACCAACAGCCCCCAAUGCCCAGACAUUGGAGUCGAGCUGGGAGCCACCCAUCUUCUGCAAGGGAGGAUUGUCAGUCUGGUGGGGUGUGCAAUGGUGAGCACCCCAGCUUCUGCCAGCCAUCCCCCCACCCCACCCCCUCAGCAGCAGCAGCACCACACACACAAAAAAUUGGAUACAUUUUGAAUAAAGCGAUUCGGUUCCUUAUCCGGGGACUGAGUUGCUCGGUGUGAUUGGCCGGCGGAGUCACAUGGUGAAAGUAACUUUACAGGGUCGCUAGCUAGUAGGAGGGCUUUAUGGAGCAGAAAAACGACAAAGCGAGAAAAAUUAUUUUCCACUCCAGAAAUUAAUGAUCAUGAGCUCGUAUUUGAUGGACUCUAACUACAUCGAUCCGAAAUUUCCUCCAUGCGAAGAAUAUUCGCAAAAUAGCUACAUCCCUGAACACAGUCCGGAAUAUUACGGCCGGACCAGGGAAUCGGGAUUCCAGCAUCACCACCAGGAGCUGUACCCACCACCGCCUCCGCGCCCUAGCUACCCUGAGCGUCAGUAUAGCUGCACCAGUCUCCAGGGGCCCGGCAAUUCGCGAGCCCACGGGCCGGCCCAGGCGGGCCACCACCACCCUGAGAAAUCGCAGCCGCUCUGCGAGCCGGCGCCUCUCUCAGGCGCCUCUGCCUCCCCGUCCCCAGCCCCGCCAGCCUGCAGCCAGCCAGCCCCUGACCAUCCCUCCAGCGCCGCCAGCAAGCAGCCCAUAGUCUACCCUUGGAUGAAAAAAAUUCACGUUAGCACGGUGAACCCCAAUUAUAACGGAGGGGAGCCCAAGCGCUCGAGGACAGCCUACACCCGGCAGCAGGUCCUGGAAUUAGAGAAAGAGUUUCAUUACAACCGCUACCUGACCCGAAGGAGAAGGAUCGAGAUCGCCCACUCGCUGUGCCUCUCUGAGAGGCAGAUCAAAAUCUGGUUCCAAAACCGUCGCAUGAAAUGGAAGAAGGACCACCGACUCCCCAACACCAAAGUGAGGUCAGCGCCCCCGGCCGGCGCUGCACCCAGCACCCUCUCGGCAGCCACCCCCGGCACUUCUGAAGACCACUCCCAGAGCGCCACGCCGCCGGAGCAGCAACGGGCAGAGGACAUCACCAGGUUAUAAGACAUAACUUACACCCCUGCCCCCACCCUGUGCUCCGUGCCCCCUCACACACAAAUUGACUCUUAUUUAUAGAAUUUAAUAUAUAUAUAUUUUUGGUUCUUUUUUUCUCUCUCUUCCUCCUGUCUCCUCCCUUGUCAGUUCCAAACAGACAAAACAGAUAAACAAACAAGCCCCUUGCCCUUUUCCCUUUGCUGUUAAGGACCCCUUUAAGCAUGUGGUGUUGUCUUAGCAUGGUACCUGCUGGGUUUUAUUUUUUGUUGUUUUGUUUUGUUUUGCUUUGCUUUGCUUUUAAGGCCAUUGGGGGGUAUUUAUUUUUUAAGGAAAAAAAGCUGCAAAAAUUAUAUAUUGCAAGGUGUGAUGGUCUGGUUUGGGUGAAUUUCAGGGGAAAUGAGGAACAGAAAAAGGAAAGGGAGAUUUGUAAGUGGAUUCUCAUCCUCUCUCCUCCUCACCCCCCCUCCCUUUCCUUAGGCCUUUUGCAUUGAAAAUGCACCAGGGGAGGUUAGUGAGGGGGGGGAGUCAUUUUAAGGAGAACAAAGCUAUGAAGUUCUUUUGUAUUCUUGUGGGGGGGUGGUAGGAGGGGGGAGGACAGCAAACAAAGCUAAAUGCAUCUGGAGAGCCUCUGGGAGCUGUUCAGUUUGAGGAGCCAAAAAAUAAAUAAAUAAAUAAAAAUGAACUUUCAGUUCAGAGAGGCAGUCUAUAGGUAGAUGCUCCCCUACCCCCAUCGUGGUUAUUGUGUUUUUGGACUGAAUUUACUUGAUUAUUGUAAAACUUGCAAUAAAGAAUUUUAGUGUUGAUGUGAAAUGCCCCCGUGAUCAAUAAUAAACCAGUGGCUGUGAAUUAGUUUUA